AUGCAAAUCCUUGAGUACGAGGAUAUGGCGGUACAAUCCGACGCCAUAGACGUGUCCUACGGUUACCCCGACUACUAUCCGCCGCAGCAUAUGUUGGACGCGUUGAGAGACGUGACGGCGAACCACACGUCGUGGCGAUUACACCAAUACUCGCACCCCAGGGGUGAGGCGCGGCUCCGGCGGGCGAUCGCCAAACUGAACGCCCCUCUAAUGAGACGGCACAUCGACGCCGACCGCGAGAUUGUGGUCACAUUAGGCGCCAUUCAAAGCCUUGAUUUCGCCGCCAGAGCUUUUGUCAACGCCGGCGACGAAGUCGUACUUUUUAGCCCCCGAUUCAUGUAUUACGAGCCGAUUAUACGACUUGUGGGCGGAGUUCCCAUUCAUAUACCGCUGAAGACACUGAACGGCCAAAAGCCGAGCCAAUCAAACGACCUGUCAUUUGAUAGAAAACAAUUGGAGGCGGCGUUUAAUAAUCGGACCAAAAUGAUGUGGAUUAACAACCCUAAUAAUCCAUCGGGCAAAAUGUUCACUGAAGAGGAACUGCUAUUUAUCGGACAGUUGUGUGAGAGAUACGACGUGAUCGUAAUGGCUGACGAAGUGGGCCAAUACUAUCACUUCGAGGGUCAGCCACACAUCACAUUUGCAAGUCUGCCGGGAAUGUGGAAACGGACGAUAACAGUGAUGAGUGGGGGCAAGACGUUCAGUAGCACCGGAUGGAGAAUCGGUUGGGCCGUCGGUCCCGAAGAGCUACUCUACGGCAUGACUGUGGGAGUGAUGGCAGCGGUGUUGGCGGUGCCGACGCCCAUACAGACAGCCUUUGCCAUGGGUUUGGAGGUGGAGAUAAAGCGGCUCAACACAAACCAGUCCUACUUCUCACGGCUGGUGCGGGAGUCUGUGACCAAACGCGACCGAUUCGUCAAAAUGCUUGACGAGAUGGGCGUAGAUGUGGUCAAACCAAAUGCCGGUUAUUUUAUUGUCGCAAACUUUACUAAUGUUGUCCAUAAGAUUGAUCUGUCCCUUGAAAAUGACCGCCGCGUUGGCCUUCAAUUGUCCCUUUGGCUCAUUCACCAAAGGAAUUUGGUAACACUUCCGGGAAAACUAUUGUACCCUUUGGACCAAAACUCGGACUCUGAGUUUGUGUUAAGAAUGUGUUUCCUUAAGACCGACGACACCAUCAAUCAGAUUGAAGGCGUCCUCAAGAGUACUUUGAUUGUGGCGGUGGGGGACCUCCCGGACCAUUUGGACAGCCAGUUAACUGAAGGGGGCGCUAAUCUGAGUGUAGGUCAGAGGCAGUUGGUAUGUCUGGCGCGGGCUAUACUAUAUUACGAUCCUCUAUGUUCGCACCAAUUAGCUUGUUGUCAAAUUAUGUUCACAUAUCUCAUUGUCAUAGCUAAGAAUAAUGUGGAGUUUGUUAUCGUUAUGGCACAGCCUAUACUACUUGGUUAUGUAAUCGAUUAUUUUGAUGGUGCUGAUUUGAUAACAUAUGACCAAGCUUGUAUGGCCGCUGGUGGUGUGUGUCUGUGCACUCUAUUAUUUCGUUUGUUGUUUUAUACCGGUGUGAAUCGUUUUAUGCAACUGGGAAUGCGGGCCCGCAGUGCCUGCUCUACACUAAUGUAUAAAAAGUCACUCAAAUUGAGCCAGUUAUCAAUGGGAAAGACAAAUGUGGGUCAGAUUAUAAACUUAAUGUCUAACGACGCAAAUCGAUUUGAUGAGUUUGCAAUAUACGCCAGUUAUUUUAUAAUAGCGCCCAUUCAGACAAUGAUUACUAUAUAUAUAAUGUACACAUACAUGGGAUGGACAAGUUUGGUGCCAAUUGGUAUCAUAAUUAUACUUAUUGUAUUUCAAAUGUUCAUGGGCAAAAUGUUUUCAAAAGUUAGAUUAACAACAGCUAAACUCACUGACAAAAGGUUGCAAUAUAUGGUUGAGAUCAUAUCCGGUAUGCGAGUCAUCAAAAUGUAUUCCUGGGAACAGCCCUUCGCAGACCUCGUGUCUGAGGCACGAAAAAAAGGGUUAGAUGUGAGGAGUAAUGAUAACUUCCAAGAACAAGAAGUGUCGUGUAUACAAAGGUCUUGCUUUCUAAAGGCAAUCAAUACGUCGUUGAAUAGUAUGGCAUCCAAAGUGAUCUUAUUUUCUAGUUUUAUCACCUUGGUACUCACCGGUGAUGUACUGACCGCUAAGACUGUAUUUGUGUCAAUGAUACUAUUUGUUUCUAUAAGAACCAAUAUGACCUGGUUCUUCCCAAAGUCAAUCAUGUUUGGCGCCGAGUUAUUAGUUUCUUGCAAUAGAAUACAAAAAUUUUUGCAAUUAGAAGAAAGACAAAUAAAAUCCAUUCAAAACACAAAUAAAUUAUGUAAAAGUGAAAGAAAUGGCAAACAAUCGCCUGAAGUGUUCAUUAAUAACAUAACAGCCAAAUGGAGUGAUGAAAGCCCGAAACUAACCUUUCAGGAUAUUUCAGCACAUCUAAAACCUGGGGAUUUAUUAGCUGUUAUCGGACCGGUGGGGGCGGGAAAGAGCUCACUAUUGAUGACAAUUCUAAAAGAACUGCCGCUUCUGUCGGGGAGUAUAGAAACGGUGGGAUCGAUAAGCUAUUCAUGUCAGGAGUCCUGGAGUUUCAAUACUAGUGUCCGAAAUAAUGUACUUUUUGGAGCCGAAUAUAAUGAAUCCCGAUAUAAACGAGUGGUAGAGGUGUGCGCUUUGGAGCGAGACUUUGAGAUAUUUCCGUUCGGGGGGACAGCUAUCGGGGGGACAGAAGGCCCGCAUCACGUUAGCCAGAGCUCUGUACCGGAACUCAGACAUCGUAUUAAUGGACGACCCGUUGAGUGCUGUCGACACUAUCUAACAUAUAAUAUGUAUAGUCGACUACUUGUGCGACAAAAUCCGUAUUCUAGUCACACAUCAAAUCCAAUUCAUACGAAAAGCGACACAAAUAUUGGUUNGACACAAAUAUUGGUUUUGAACGACGAGGGAAAGUGUCUGGGAUUGGGAUCCUAUGAUGAGCUCCAGUCCCGGGGCUUAGACUUCAUGUCUAUUCUCAGCGAUCGGGAGAGGGAAGCGGACGAUAAGGCAGAGCAGAAUAGAGAGUCUAUAAAUUUGAAAACCAGUGACAAUAAACUAAAUACUCAAAACGUUUCAGUGGAUACGAGCAAGGUUUGGGACGGUGAAAAGGACAAAGACACAAAAAUAGCUCACGAGGUCCGGGAAACGGGUUCAAUAUCUUGCAAAGUAUAUUGGGCAUAUAUUAAAUCAGGCACAGGUGAUGAUCAGAACAGAGAUGUGAUUAUCUACUCCUCAAUGAUGGCCGCGCUGUUCAUCGCAUCCCUAUUGAGAGCCAUGUGUACCAAACACUACAAAUACUCCCGAAGUAGGAUUUUAAACCGCUUUUCAAAAGAUCUUGGUACAAUUGAUGAGCAACUGCCAAGUACAUCGUUUGAGUUGAACAUGGAACUGACUGCAUGUAUUGGUCAUAUAAUAAUGAUCGCGAUCGUCAACCCAUACUUGAUUAUGCCAGCAUUAUUUUUAAUUGUAGUGCUUUUAGGAGCUAGGGUUAUUUACAUCAAGUCAGCUAGGGAUAUUAAACGGAUCGAAGGUUUAGCCCGGAGUCCAGUGUUUUCACACGUGAGCACUACAUUCAAUGGGUUGGCCAGUGUUAGGGCCUUUGGGGCGCAGGAGAUGUUUGAAAAACAAUUCUAUGUAUACCAAGAUGAUCACUCGGCCACCUGGAUGCUCGUCACCAAUACAAACUUUGCAUUUGCUUUAAUCAUAGACGGGCUGUGGAUUAUGUAUACAAUAAUUAUAUUCGUAGCGUUUAUGGUAUUUCCCGAUCAGUUGGGAACGGUAGAGGUUGGACUUGCAUUAUCAUCAGCCCUAUUGUUGACGAGAGCGACUGCUUGGACAGCCCGAGUGUCAGCUGAGGUGGAGAGUCAGAUGACUUCAGUCGAGCGCAUCAUUGAGUACUCAAAACUACCACAAGAGGCGGCCCUCACAGCACAGGAUAGCCAUAAACCCCCUCCCGAUUGA